GGGUGUAGUCGUAGACUCCUAGUAGUCAUAAAUAAAACAUUGGCAGUCAGCAACACAAGAGCUCCUUUAUCGAAAGGGUAGUUUUGUAAAGUCAUGUUCCCUAUUCUCAGAAUCCGAAUCGGAAACAGCUACUAGCGCGUAUUAGAAGCGGAGAGGAGAGGAGCGACGGAAAGCAAAACACAGUAGCGGAGAGAGGACCUUCUCUGGCCUUGUGCUCUCCUCUCGGCGGCGGCGGGGUUGUUGUUGCGGAGCUCGAAUCCGACCCUUUUCUUCUCCACCAGAACCGAUCAGAUCACUCCGCGAGAUUGUUUGUCCCUGGAAGGAAAGAUACUCUUGCGUCUCUUCUCCCGUACGGCUCUUUAUUGGUUUGAUGAUUCUCCCCAUUCUUUUGUUGUUGUUUACUCUGUGGGUUGGAUUGAAUUAGUUGAUCGGAUUCUUCAGCUUUUAGUCGUCCUGAUUUUUUGGCUAUCCUAAUUUUUAGUUUUCCAGGUUUGGGAGAAACCAAACCCUAAUCAUUAUCUGAUAAUGAACUACUCUGCCGCCCAGAUAGCCUCUGAUAUGAUUCCUUCACAAUGUCCGGGUUCACCUGCUACUAGUGUUUCUCAAGAGCAAACCGGAUACGUGUCCGGCGAUUCUUCCCCCUCCAAAGCUGCUCUUGCCGCUACUGGGAAUUUCUCUGUUUCUUCCUUGCAGGAUGAUACUGCUUCUGAAGCUCCGCGAGAUGGUUCUGAUAACAGUGAUGGAGGCAGUAAUGCGGUAAAAAAGCUGGCUUGGAACAAACCAAACGGUGUCAUGGAGAUUGGUCCUGUGAUGGGGGCCAUGUCCUGGCCUGCUCUCUCGGAGUCCACUAAGGCUUCACCGAAAUUUGCUACUUAUGAUCCCCCCAGAACUCCCUCUGAUCGUCCAGCCGCUUCGUCUAAGGGCACCAGUGCUCCUACUACACCAUCUCCUAAGCAUCUUCAUGCAAAUCACACAACUUUAAAUUCAACACAAAACCAUGUACCCUCUCGCCACAGAUCUAAUAAGCGUGCUGGAGGGAACUCAAGCAGUACUGCAUUGCCUAAUGGCAGUACAUCUCAGACACAGCCACUACAUAGUUCAGUGGUGGAGAGUGCUCCUGGAAAAUCCAAUGUGGAAUCUCACUCGAGAGAUAAUGUGUUCAAAGAAGGUGGGCAGGUUGGAGGUUUUGGGUCUCAAUCACAUGGUGGGAAUGACCAACACUACGUGAGAGGUUCACCCAGGAAGGGUGGUAACAAUAGACCUCGUCCCCGAGGGGAUGGAACUUAUCAUCAAGAACGUGGAAAUCAGGAUUGGAAUCACAAUAGAAGUUAUGGAAACAGAGAUGCUCACUUGCAGCCGCUAAGGGUGCCUUCUAGGCCCUUUCUACGUGGUCCACCUCCUCCUUCCCCUCCCUUUAUUUCUCCACUAAUGCCUAUGCGUCCCAUGGGCUCUCACAUGAUGUAUCCAGAAGUUCCUCCUCCGAUGUAUUAUGUACCAGGGCCAGGGCCACAACCAGAUCCACUGGCAAUGCCCAUGCUUCCUUCUCCGCCACCUGGUGUCCCAGUGAUCUAUCAUUUUCUAGAUCCCAUAUUGAUUUCUAAAAUUGUAAACCAGAUAGAUUAUUAUUUCAGUAGUGAGAAUUUAAUUAAAGAUAUGUAUUUGCGUAAGGAAAUGGAUCAGCAAGGAUGGGUUCCGGUUAAAUUAAUAGCGAGCUUCAAAAAAGUUGCUGAGCUGACAGACGAUAUAGAGCUUAUAGUGAAUGCUUUAAAAACUUCAAGUGUUGUAGAAGUACAGCAUGGAAAAUUGAGGGUGCGGAAUGACUGGGCGAAAUGGAUCUUGCCAGCAACCAUUCACUACUCUUCUCUUUCAAGUCCACGUUCGGAUGUGCUUAGGCAACAGCUUCAGAGUGUUACACUGGAUGAACAACAUCAACCACAACGACAAUCUAAUGCUGAACAAUUUCUCAGUAGAUCAUCAAUCACCGCUCAGGGAAUAUCAGCUAGCAGCUCAAGCAAUUAAAGGCGGCACUUUUUUGUUGGUGGGAGUUAGAACAACACAAAAUGCAAUCUUGAUGACAGGUGACACUGUCUGACAAUCCAUGCACUCAAACUAUGAAGAGAAGUUUGAAAAAUAAAAGAGAAGAGGGGAGAGAAAUCAGUUUACUAGAAAAAAUAAAAGAAACGCAGAAGGUAAGAGAUUUAAAACGGGUUUGAAGCUGGUUUGGCUUGUUGGAAUGUUACUUUUGUUUUGUUUGACGUGGACGAUAACUCUCAUCCUCUAUUUACAAUUAUCCAACUUUGUGUAUUGGUUCUACUCUCCCAUGUGAGAUCCAAUAGAUGUUCUAUAUUUUUUGUGAUUUAGUAGGAUAUAUAAAAUAAUAUAUAUAUAUAUAUCACUUCAAUAUUAUUAUAGUUUUCGGCUA